GGUAUUAGACUCUCGCGACUGCCCGCCCCCACCUUCGUUCGUUUGGAUGUUCUAUCCGCGAUGGAGGAAGGCAUCGAAGGAGUUGCAGCUGGCGAAGCUGUAGCCGAUCCUAUCGCGAGGUCUACGAAGGCAGCCGACGAUCUCUACGCCUUUCGCGACACCUACUUCCCCUCUGACCCCGUGGAGAAGAUAUCCGCUCUUCACCAACAGGCGAACAUCGCCCUCCGCAUCCUCGACGACGCUUUCCCUCUGGAUCAAAGAAAAGAGCCGUCCCAGCGGGCCAGCUUUGAGUUUCUAAGAGGCAAGAUACUUGAUGUAUACCCUGAAUAUAGGAAAGAGGCAGAAGACCAUCUAUCAAAAGCAGUCAAAUUGAAUCCUUCUCUUUUAGAUGCUUGGUUAUGUUUGGGCAACUGUAUGUGGAAGAAGGGAGAUUUAUCUUCUGCCAGGAACUGCUUUUCUCUUGCUUUACAAAAGGGUCCUGACAAGAAGAUACUUUCUCAGUUGUCAAUGCUAGAAAGAAGGCUGGCUCAAGGUGCUGAAAACCAGUGUGAGAUGGUUGAUGAAAGCAUUAGACAUGCAAAGGAAGCAGUCAUGUUGGACGUAAGGGAUGGAUACUCUUGGUACAUUUUAGGCAAUGCAUUUCUUACAAGUUUUUUUGUGGCUGGAGCAUGGGAACAGAGAAAACUCUUGCAGUCAAUAAAAGCUUACCAAAAUGCAGAAAAAGACGAGAAGGCAAAUACCAAUCCUGAUCUGUAUUUCAACUGUGCAAUAGCCAAUAGAUAUCUGGAAAAUUAUGAAAGGGCUCUUAGUGGAUUUGAUGCUGCUGCUUCAAAGGACCCAUCUCUCAAUGCUAAAGAAGAGGCUGGAAAGAUUGUUGAUCUUCUUAACAAGUUGGAAGACUCCAUAUUAGAAAAGGGAAGCUCAAGGCCGAGACGCAUUUCUGUAGCUCAGUCAAAUGCUGCAGUUGCUAAGAGAUAUCCAUCAUGCAGAAUCAGCACAAUAAAUCUUCUCCUUGAGGGUCAAAAUGAAACAACAGUAUUGGAAGUUGUGGUGCUUCUUUUCAUUAGACAUGAUAUUACCACACCAGUAUACUUUCUCGUUCUUGAUUCUGACGAUACACAUGCCAUUCUCUCUGUUUAUGGACUUCACAGCAAUGCUAUCAAAGAAGGAGAUAGACUUACACUGAUCAAUCCUUUCUAUCGAGUAGUUGAUUUUACUUGGAAGGCAAAGGCAUAUUAUUUCAAAAGCUUACGUGUGGAUUUCCUAGAGCAAAUUCAUAUUAAUGGGAUGUUGGCUGAUCAGCGAUAUGCAAUACGAAAUUCUAUUCAUGCUCAUCAUGUACCAUAGCAAUGUUUCUUUUCUAGGCAGUUGGUCAAGUGAACCUCAUUAAGUAGAUUUUGUUGCACAUCACCUGUUAUGUUAUUUACAUCUAGCUGUGUGUCUUGCCCAACCUUGUAUCUUUUAUUUUUCUUUUUAUUUUGUAUGUCUGUGUUUCUGACCUCUGCAUAUCAUUGCCUUUAUUACAAAGACUAGAUUAAUUAUAGUUAUGAUUGAACUGCA